AUGAGUCCACUUAUUAAAAGAGAACAAGACUUGAACGUCAUUUAUGAAAGUGAACAAGAUUGUUCAUCAGAAGCACCAUUCACUGAGAAUAUACGAAAAUUAUGGAUUGAAAAAUUCGGUUGUGACACGUUUCUUGCAGUUGGAGAAGAACGUAAGAUUUUCGCAGCACAUCGUCUCGUCCUUAGUUCUGGCUCUAAAUUUUUUCAAGAAAUGUUCGCUGAUCCGAGUCAUUUGGGUGGCAAUGAGUAUUCACCCAUCGAAUUUCCUGAUAUGAGUCCAGAAACAAUACAAACAGUACUGAAUUUUUUAUACUCAGAACAACGUUGCUCUUCAGUUCGAAUUCCUAGUUCUUCUGCAUUACACGUUCUUUAUGCAGCAAAUAAAUUUCGAAUGCCAGCGCUGAAGUUGGCUUGUAAAAUGCAUCUGAAACAUAUGAGCGCAAAGGACAGCAUUUACAUUCUUCAGCAGGCCAUUCCAUUGAACGAAAAUAUUAUCGUGCAAAAAUGUCUUCGUAUAGCUGAUGAUCAUCCGGAAGAAGUAUUAUCUUCAGAGGGUUUGCUCGAUUGUUCUCAUGCUACUUUGCGUCUGUUAAUCAAUCGAGACACUUUCAUACCGCAUGAGCAUUUUCGUUUCUUUAUGUCACUUCUGUCUUGGAGCAUUGCGGAAUGUCAACGCCAAAAUUUGGAUGUGACACCAUUAAACCAAAGGCAAGCACUUGGUGAACUAAUAACAUUCGUUAAAUUUGAACUUUUGACCAACCAAGAACUUGCCGAUGUUGCGCGCACAGGUGUUUUGACUUCACAGGAAAUGGUAAUGUACGCAUCUGGUCAAUAUCCAAAGAUAUCUUCCGAGAAUCCCUUUGAACCUGCUGAUGAAAUAGUUGAAGAAGAACGAACUGAAUCAGCGGACCAGGAAUCAUCAUCAAUUCAACAGAUACCAUCCAUAGUACCGUGGGGAUUUGCUGCCAGCUUAAGGGGAAUGUUUGAUGGAAACGAAAGGCUUGAUCCACAUAUGCAGCAGUUCAGUAGCGAUACUGCAAAUGAUAAUAACAAGAUUUUCAGCUUCACAGUUGAUCACGAUAUCGAGUUAUUCGGAUUCAGUAUUUUCGGUUUCUGUGAUGGAAACAAUGAUGUUAUACGACGCACUCUGCAGAUACCAGUAUCACUUCCAGAACGUGUUGAAGUCGAUGUGACACUUCUUCAGCAUUUGAUUCGAUUUACAUUGAAACAUGGAAAACAUAUUAAGGCCAACAAAAAAUAUAGUUUAGAGGUAAAGCUCGAACAUGUGUCAAAUGAACGACCUCGUUUUGAAGGAUUCGGUGACGUUAAACCUGAAGUGAAACUAGAGAACGGUGAGACUAUCAGAUUCACUUUUGAAUUAGACCGAAACGUGGCUGAGUUGUAUUUUGGGACCGAACGGCGACGAAGGCAAACAGUCGAUGAGAAUGAGAAUGAAUCUGAACUGUUCCGCAAAAUAUCAACAUCGUCAGCGUCAUCGGUUUUGAUGGGUCGUACCCAGCGAUGGAAUUCCAUCUACUAA